AUGGCCAGUGACUCUGGCAAAGAUGGCCCAGCCACGGAAUCCAAGAACCCCCUUGAGGGCUUGGCCGAUGCAUGGGAGUCCUGCGGCAAGGUCCGGAGGCGCGCGUUGGACACCCAGGCGUUGUUGACCUGGACAUCGGCCAAGACUGUGGGCAUUUGCAACAUGAAGUCCCUGAAGCUGAACGUCCCGGUAAUGAUACAGGCAUUGAAGACUUGGUGCCCCAAAGCCAGAAACAAGAAAACACUUCCAGUGGACUUCGUGAAGCUUGAGGUCAAGAACUUCAGGAGCAAGAUGCAAUUGCAAGAUAAUCUUGCCUUGGUCCACUGCGAGGGCCACGCAAUCAAGGCUUUUGUUACAUUAAUGAUCCGCCGCCAUGAUGGUAGCAAGCGUCGUGAAGCUUUUCAGCACUGA